AUGUCCGGUUCUACUAAUAAGAAAAUUGUUGGUGUUUUAGGUGCCACUGGUUCAGUUGGCCAAAGAUUUAUUUUAUUAUUAAGCAAUCACCCAGAUUUCGAUUUAAAGGUCUUGGGUGCUUCACCACGUUCCGCUGGUAAAAAAUAUAUCGAUGCAGCAAACUGGAAACAAACAGAUUUAUUGCCAUCUAACGCUGCUGAUAUCGUUGUUGUAGAAUGUAAACCAGAACAUUUUGCUGAUUGUGAUGUUGUCUUCAGUGGGCUAGACGCUGAUUAUGCUGGUUCUAUCGAACAAGAUUUUAUUAACAAUGGCUUAAAUAUUGUUUCUAACGCUAAAAAUCAUAGAAGAUUACCUGAUGUUCCAUUAGUUGUUCCAAUCGUUAAUCCAGAUCAUUUAGAUAUUUUAAAGAACAGAAAAGCUACUCAAGGAAAAAAGAAGGGUUUUAUUGUUUGUAUUUCCAAUUGUUCUACUGCUGGGUUGGUUGCCCCAUUGAAACCUUUAGUUGAAAAGUUUGGUCCAUUGGAUAUUUUAACAACUACCACUUUACAAGCUAUAUCAGGUGCUGGUUUUAGCCCAGGUGUUCCAGGUAUUGAUAUAUUAGAUAACAUUGUUCCAUAUAUCGGGGGUGAAGAAGAUAAGAUUGAAUGGGAAACCAAAAAAAUAUUAUGUCCUUUAAAUGCUAAUAAAAAUGAGUUUGAUUUGUUAACUAAUGACGAAUUGAAAGUUAGUGCUCAAUGUAACAGAGUUCCAGUUUCCGAUGGCCAUACUGAAUGCGUUGCUUUAAGAUUUAAGGAUAGAAAGAAUGUUCCUAGUGUUGAACAAGUUAAGAACUGUUUGAAAGAAUAUGUUUGCGACGCUUAUAAAUUGGGAUGCCACUCUGCUCCAAAGCAAACAAUUCACGUUUUAGAACAAAAUGAUAGACCUCAACCAAGAUUGGACAGAAAUAGAGACAAUGGGUAUGGUGUCAGUGUUGGUAGAGUUAGAGAAGAUCCAGUUUUGGAUUUCAAAAUGGUUAUUUUAUCUCAUAACACUAUCAUUGGCGCUGCUGGUAGUGGUGUUUUGAUUGCUGAAAUUUUGAAGGCUAAGGGCUUAAUUUAA